AUGAACAGAGUGGAUAUGAAUGCAUUUGUAUCUCAAAGCAUUUUAGACAAGCUUACACAAAGAAUAGAAUGUAUUGACUCAUGGGAAUGCAAGGGGGAAAAGUUUCUAGUGAUUGGUACAACAGAGGGUUAUUUGCUAACUUAUUUUGUGUAUGAAACAAAGGAUCACAAUGGGAAUAUUCAAGUAUCAGUUAAAAUUAGAGAAACAAGACAAAUUUCAAAAAAACCAAUUUCUCAAAUAACUGUUUUUGACGAUUUCAAUAAAAUUGUAACUUUAUCGGAUGGUGAUUUAAGAAUUCAUGAUUUAAUGUCACAAGUUGGUGAAAGUUCAUUAUUACAAAAAGCAAGAGGAUGUUCUGCAUAUGCAGUUAGUUAUCAACCAGGGUUAUCAUUAAGUUUAGUAGCAGCAGUCAAAAAGAAAUUAGUAUUAUAUGCAUGGGAUGGAUCCGAUUUUUAUGAACAAAAAGAAUUUAAUAUGCCAGAUCUUGCAAAAAACAUCGAUUAUCGUGGAAAUUAUAUUGUAGUUUGCUUUAAAAAAGCUUAUAAUAUUAUAAACACUAGUGAUGGAUCAGUAACAAAUGUAGAUGCCGAUAAAUUAACUUUUACAACAUUUUUACAAAAUAAUGAAUUUUUAAUGGUUAGAGGAAAUAUGUCAUUUUUUAUAAAUACAGGUGGUAGUCCAGUUAGAAGACAUUCAAUGACAUGGAUGGAUGCACCAAGUUCAAUGGUAAUUUAUGAACCAUUUGCAAUUGCGGUUGAGGGAAGACUUAUUGAAAUUCAAAUUUUACCAGACCCAAAUGAUCCUAAAACUAUAUCACAAUCAAUGUUUCUUCAAGGUUGUAAAUCAAUUAGUGCUAAAAAAGAUAUUUAUGUUUCCUCACCUUCAGGUGUUUGGAGAAUUUUACCACACCCAAUUUUAGAGUUAGUUGACCAAAUGGUGACAAAAUUAGAGUAUGAAACAGCAAUCAAUUUAUUACAAACUACCCAAGAAAAUAUACCACAUCUAAAAGAAAGAUUAAUUAAAAUCAAAACUUCAGCAGCCUAUCAUUUAUUCCAAAAAGAACAAUUUCAAACUGCUAUGGGAUACUUUAUUAGUGCACAAGUUGAUCCAUUAAAAAUCAUCUCUUUAUAUCCAGGUUUAUUACCGCGUCAUCUUCAAGAUAAACUUUCAAUUCCAAUUCAUAUUCGUGAUAUAGAAAAUAAUCCACGUGCUUUGCCAGAGUUGGAGCAUUAUUUAGUUGAGUUUAGAAAGAAUAAAAUCGAAUAUCAAUCACCACCAGAACUUUUAAAUUCAGGUUAUACAUUACAAGAGUUGGUAGAUACUACAUUAUUAAAAGUUUACAUCAAACAUAAACCAUCGUUGAUUCCACAUUUUUUCCAUCUAAAGAAUCAUUGUCAUGUAGAGGAAUCUGAACGUGUACUUUUAGAAGAGAAGAAAACAACCGAGUUAAUUUUAUUUUACAAAUCCAAAGAUUUACAUAGAAAAGCCUUAACUUUAUUAGCAAAAACAAAUAAUAACAAUCCAAACGAUACAAUCGCCUAUCUUUGUCAUUUGGGUGAAAAACAUAUAAAUAUCAUUUUGGAUAAUUCUAAAUGGGUACUUCAAAAGAGUCCAAACGAAGCUUUAGCAAUUUUUACAACCGAUCGUAAAGAACCUUUGGCACCUGAAGAAGUUAUACCCCACUUAAGACAAUAUGCACCAUUAUUAUUAAGACCAUAUUUAGAACAUAUUAUCAAUGACCCAGUAGGACCAAACAAAAAUCCAGAUUACCACAAUCAAUUAGCUUUUGAAUAUUUAGGUGCAAUUACCGAUCAAAUUAAUAUAAUGAAACAACAAGGAACAACAAGAAAACCUGGUGCAAUACCAGCAGGCUCUGAGCCAGCACCAUUGGGCCCACUCCGUAAUAGACUUAUUCAAUUCCUUCAAACUUCAAAAUGCUAUUUACCAGAAAAAAUGCUUUCAAUUUUCCCAAUUGAUGACCUCUUUGAAGAAAGAGCUAUACUUUUAUCUAAAAUUGGUCGACAUGAACAAGCACUUACCAUCUAUGCUCAUAAAUUAAAAAACUAUCAAAUGGCAGAAGAAUAUUGUGAUCGUCAUUAUAACAAAGAUUCAGAAGAAAGUAGAGAUGUCUAUCUUUCUCUCUUGAAUGUCUAUUUAAAACCAGACGGUCAAUCAGAACCAUUAUUAGAACCAGCAUUAGAAUUAUUAAACAAACAUUAUAGAUCAAUUAAUACACCAAAAGCUUUAAAUUUACUACCAUUAAAUACUCCAAUCGAAAAACUAUAUCCAUUUUUUGAAGCUGUAAUUAGAGAUAACACAAAAACAAAAAGAGAUAAUCAAGUUGUAAAAAAUUUAUUUAAAUCCGAAAAUUUUAAAAUCAAAGAUGAACUAUCACAAUUAAGAUCUGGUGCCAUAAAGAUUACAGAAGAUCUUUCAUGUCCCAUUUGUGGUAAAAUUUUCCUUGGUACCCAAGCUUUUGUUGCGCAACCAAAUGGUACAGCUGUACAUUAUCAUCAUAAGAACGAUAAACAAUAUCAAAAAUAUUUCGAAUAA